AUGCUCCAACCAAACCUUUUCUGUCGAAGCCGUCUGGAUGACCAGCUAAGACAUGUCCAGUGCGAGAAACCCUUCCAGGGACACCCUACAGAUCUAACCCGCAUUCCAGUGUGUCCUCAAGCCCUGCCACCAGCGUCCACAAAGAAUCCCUUCUGCGGAUGUCCGAAGACCAUCGAUGAUUGUUGGGACUGCUACAUGCCAGCUGCCAUAGAAACCAGAGUUCUAAGACCGCCACAGAUGUGCAUUAAGCCGUGUUGUAACUACACCAUUCCAGCCAUGUCGUGUCAGGAGCCGUGCAAACCAAAACGAGAGUUGCCAUGUGAUCCUCUGUGUUUUGACUGGACUGUAGAUGAGCCAGGACCUAAUGACAGUUACGGGCUAAAUGGGCUAAACUGGCACGAUUGGAAAAUGGAAGAAGUUACCAAAAACGCCCUUCAUCACGUGGUUAAAGGUUUCAAGCCAAAACACCCAGGAUAUGCGCCUGCUCCACCGCCUCCCAACACUCCUGUAUACAUUGCUACUCAACCUCUCGAGUGCUAUGGUGCCCAGCCACCUUGUAAACGAGAACCAUUUGCCAUGGAUGUCAACUACUUCCGGGACUGGCGAUGUCCAGAAUUCAGACGUCAGCAGCCGUGGAAACCGCCUUUUGCUCAUUAA